GCAGUUUUUUCCUUGUACUGAGCCUCGGAACCGCUCCUGCAAUACGGAAUUGACAGGAUUGUCACACUUGCCGUUUAUCCACACGAGCGACAUUUCCCAGAAUACCACAGCGCAAUAUGCGAAAAACGCCAUAGCUGUCUGCAUGGUACACGCAGACCGGCGAGCGAUACCGCCAUCUUGGGUCCGGCGCGGCCGCGUCGCCUAGCAACGGGACGCCGAUCUCCCACUUCUCCGGCGGAGGACAACGCGCACGCAGUCGAUCCAGCUCGCAACCGAGGAAACCGGCUUUCGAUGGAGGGGACUCAACAUGCACGGCGCGUUCUUCGAGGGAGAAACCACGUGACACGACCGGGGGCCCAAUCGCGGACACCGAUCGAACGGCGGCUCCGGCGCGGAAAAGGAAUGUGAUACGCUGUACCACUAGUUAGUUAGUUAGUUCGUAAAAUAAAGUAAACCUUGGAGCUAUCAGCAGCCCUCCAUGGGUGCCAUUGCAAGAGCUGUAUAGCUAUUACACCUUCCGAUUCAAAAUACUCACAGCAGUCAAAACAAAACACAGCGGGAUCCUUAAACACUCACAGGCACUCAAUCAAUAGAACGGGAAAACAAUAUAGCGCACUGGAGAUCUACAAAAUUGGUUCUCAGCAGUUCACACUAAAAUGGAGUUCGCGCAUGAUGUUCGCAAUACGGUUGUGAGACCAGUCUCACUCAAGAAGGCUACCAGCAGACGGAUUGCCGUCCGUUGAUUUCGCGGAGUAUCCCAAGGACCCAAUAAAUGGGUCAGCUCCACUGGGCGAUUCGUCAUGCGUAAAAUGCCGGCAAGGAGUGACUGUCUCUCUGAUCUGAAGUGGCGGCACUCUAGCAAGACGUGACCGCUGUCAUCCACCACAUCACACUCUGGGCACAACGGAGACUCAACAAGACCCAUCCUGUGCAGCAGAGAACGACAGAACGGGACGCCAGCUCGAAGACGGUGAAUAAGUCUCAGCAGCUCGGGGUACGCCGCCAGGCAUGAAAAAUCUUAGGUUGGGGUCCAUCUGUCGUAGAACAUUCAGGUUACGGCUACUGUCUGCAAACCACAGUCGACGAGAAACUUCGUACAUGACGCUGUGUAGUAGUCGACGGGCGUCGUGCGUUGUGAAUGGGAUAGGACGACAUCGGCGCAUAAGGUGUGCCUCUGUAGCGAGACAGUCAGCCUUUUCAUUACCAGGGAUACCGCAGUGGCUGGGUACCCAUUGGAACCUAACCUCGUGACCGUCCCGGACAACAGCGUCGUGAACAAGAAGGGCGUCAUACACCAUGGAAGCGCACGAUGAGAAUGGGUCGAGGCUGCAUAGCGCACAUAGAGCGACUUUGCUGUCCCAGUACACUACCCAACGAUUGCAAUUUGUUGUCUUGAUGUAUCGAAGAGCUUGGGUAAUGGCGUGAAUCUCUGCAGCAGCAGACGAUGACAUGUGUGAUAGGCGAUAACGACUUUCAACGCCUCUCUCGGGUACCACAAAGGCGGAUGACGAAGAAUCCGAUGUACAUGACCCGUCCGUGUAGACAUGACAGCGGCUGCUGUAGAGCUCUGCCAUAAUCUCCAGGACUCGCUGUUUAAUGACAUCCGCAUUGACGAUAUGUUUACUUGGACAUUCAGGCACACUCAUUGAUACAGAUGGGUCCCGUAAUAGCCAUGGUGCAACCAUUGAGGGUGCAGACGGUUGAAAGUUUGUGGGUAGCUGGUCGGCGUGUUCGGCGACGAGCGAGUGAAACUUAGAGUGGCACCUGUCGCUAAGCUUCCGGACUAGUGGAUGUUUUUCAUGCCGAGUCAGCAAGCGCAGGUAAUGGCGCAGUGCCCCUUGCACCCUCAGGGCUUGUACAGGUGGUUCAUUUCCUUCCACCAAUGUGCAACUGUCUGAAGCUGCUCAGGCAGGCCCAGUACUGUACGCAGGCUUCUGGCGAGUGCUCUCAUGCCAACCAAGGAGCGGAGAAUGGUGCGAUAAGCAUCGGCUUUUGUGGUGAUCCUUUUUAUAUGCGGUGACCAAGUCAAACCAGCUUCCAGAGUCACGCCCAGAAAACGAUGUUGCUUUACUGUGUUCAAGACAGAGCCUCCAAGGCGUAAGGGGAGUCUCGUCAUGCGCUUUCGCGUGAAUGGUAGAACGACGGUCUUCUCUGGCGAUACAUCCAUACCUCUUUCUGACAAGUAUCUCACUACAGUGUCCAGAGCUUUCUGCAGGCGCUGCUGUAUUUGAGGUUGCGCUUUGCCCGACGUCCAAAUGCAAACGUCGUCUGCAUACAUGGAGAUAUGAACUCUCCGGGGAAGAAGCUUUGGGAGGUCGCACAGCGCCAUGUUAAAGAGCACCGGGCUGAGCACGCUGCCCUGCGGAACGCCCGUGGUCAUGGUGUGCUUUCGACACAUCCCAUCCUCAUUGCACAUGAAGAUGCUCCCACGACGCCUCUCCAUCGCAAUGCAGAAAUGACGUGCGGGUGGCUUACGGUGUCAAAUGCCCUCUUGAUGUCAAGAAACGCACCAACUGUAAUACGGAGGAAUGUCCGCUCGUGGCCGAUGUAGGUUAUAAGGUCUAUAAGGCAGUCCAUCGUACAGCAGGAGCGCCGGAAUCCUGCCACGGAUUCUGGCAGACUGCAGUGUGACUCGAGCCACCGUGUCAAACGGUGCCAUGAGUUAUUGAAGAGAGACAAUUAAGAAGUAACGCAUGGGCCUUCCUCGCUCAGGUUCCUUAGCAUGGUGUAGGAAAUGGAGUCGGGUCCCGCCGAAGUGCGGCGAAGGGCGGAUCGUAACUCCACCAUGCUGAAUUCCCGAUCGAGCACGGAGCUAGUAGAAUGUAUUGCGGCUUCAUCAGCUCGUUGUAGUUCAGCAACGAUGGUUGCAUGAUGCGGCUGAAGAGACGCUUCAGAAGGCCGCAUUAUGUACUGACAGAACUCGUCAGCCACCUCGAUUUCCGAUGCACCGCGGUUCAUGGCCGAUAUUUUGAACGGAGCUCUAUGUGCUGGCUGGGAUUGGAGCCCUCGGACGACUUUCCAUAUACGAGUGGUAGGUGUGAGCGGCAUGAGGGUGUCGCAGAAGUUCCGCCACCGCUUGCGAUCUAAUCGGACCAGGUGUCGUCUUGCGACUGCAUGUGUUCUGCGAGCAUCCAGUAUAUCCUCGAGUAGGCCUGAGCGUCGCGCCUUUCUCUCGGCUCGUCUUCUGAGCGCGCGCAGUCGUUGAAACUCUUGAUCCACUGUACGAUGGCCAUGCGGAACGGCAGCCCUCGUUGUGGCCCGGUCAUAACAGCUGCGGACGGACUGAGCAAAGCUCUCAGCAUUCGACGCUGAUGUAGUUAUACCCUUAAUCAGCGAUCUAUACUCCUUCCAGUUCGUAAGAGAAACAUACUUUCUCGGCCUUUGAGCGAUAGUCCCUAGUCCAGAGUGUGAUAUUAGUAUGGGAAGGUGGUCGCUCCCUCUCGUCUCCACGUCCACUGACCAUGUAAGAUCAUUCAGAAUGUCUGGAGAGCAAGUCGUUAGAUCCAGGCAUGAGCUUGAGGAAUUACGCAUGAAAGUUGGUGACCCGUCGUUCAGUAUGCACAGCUCUAGAUUUUCGAUGAUGUUCGACAGCAUUCUGCCCACUGUUGUCAGUUCUCGCGCUACCCCAUAUGACGUUAUGCGCAUUGAAGCAGCCGCACACUAUGAGGUGUGCAGAAUGUCUGGAGAAUAUCUCUCGCAGCAUGCUUUCAGGAAUUGUGGUGGCUGGAGGUAAGUAAACGCUGACAAUAUAGUCACCGUCAUAGUGCUGCUGAACCGCACCUUGCACUGCACAAACUCACAAGCGUCCGUUUGCGAAUUCCGGAGGAGUGUCGCAGGAAGAUCUUGCCUUACACAGAGGAUGGCGCGGCUCAGGCCUGCAGGCCGAUGGGGAUUGUAUGUAACGUAGCGUGAAACACGAAAAGUUGCCGGUACUUUUGCUUCACUGAUUACUAGAACUGGAAACACGUACCUCUACAGGAGGUCACGUAGGUCACACAUCUUGCUGCACAGGCCCCCUGGCGUUCCAUUGCACAAUCGUAGUCGAUGUGUACAGCUUAUCCAUGGUGGGACGUUGAGUUCCCAAAGGAAGUAGAGCUCUCCAAUACAGAUUCCAUGGCCAGAAACGCAUGUACCUCAGGAAGUCCUCGAGAAGCUGGAGACGCUGCGAUGAUAGCACGGAGGACAAUGAAGAACAUGUUGUACAAGAGUUGCAGGAAGUUUCCUUGCGAGUCAUUGCUUUGCGGGAGUGCCACAGGAGCUGAAGACUCUGAGCAGGGCCUACGGGACUGGUUCAGGUUAGCCGUGUUCCUUGGGCUUGGUAUAGGACGCGAUGACAUAGCCAUUGUCGUGGAAGGUCCAGCUGAGGCCGAGGUUCCGGUCUUUUCUGAGGAUGUAGGUUCAUUUCGCGCUUCUCUGCCAGUUUUUGCGACAUGAGCAUACGUUGACCGGGAACGAUUCCGUGUGUUCUGACGCGUUUGUUGUUCCCGUGUGACAAUCGCGGCGGAAGAAGUAGAUGGUGUAGACUGAGCAGCCAGGGCUAGUGGCGGACGCACCAUGUCCUCGUUAAAUGGAGGAGCGUGACGACUCGGUGGUAUGCCCUCCAGUACUUGGUGCCUUGGUUGCUUGCAGCGGUCCGCUUCACCCCACAAUGCGCAAACGAUGCCGCGUGGGACCCACCACAAUUUGCGCACUUUGGUUCCAGCUGUGCAGUCCUGAUAGCAAUGAGGCCAAGUUACCUCUGCAAUUCUUCGCUAUAUGUCCAAAGCGUUGGCAGUUGCAGCACCGCGGUGGACCCUCGAUAUGCUCUUGUACGGGAAAGCAUUCGAAUCCUAGGUUUACAGACGAGGGGAGAGGGACGUCUGCACGGAACGUUAGCAGCACAGAUGACAGUAACUCAUGGCGGACCGUUCCGUCCUCGGAUGGACAAAAGGCCUUCUGACGCUUGACAGAGAUUACACCGUAGUCUUGUAAGUACUCUUGAAGCGCUGACUUUUCGUAGAACAGCGGCACUCCUUUUAUUUUCCCUUGGUUCUUAGCGUAUGACUGUGGAAUGACCGGCUGCACUGAAAUCCCGGCCAGGGAUCGCAACGAUAACAGUAAGGAACGUCACAGAGCUGCGGGUACAGCGCCGGGCACAAGCGCCGACAGGAGCGGUUCCGAGGCUCUGUACAAGGAGAAGACCGCGUUGCUUCAAGAAGUCUCCGACUUAGAAAUUGAAUGUGGCGGUCCCAGAACCCGUAUAGCUAGCAGCACACGGAAGCCCGUGGUCCAGCCGAAGCCCAAAGAUACUCCUAGUCCAAUGAGAGUUGCUGUUGUUGCAGACACCUCGGAGCAGGAUUCCAGUUUGCUGUGUCAGGUGUACGAAGAAGGUGCGGAAGCGUCACCGCAGCCGUCUUAUGCCUACUCGGACCACGAGGAGGCGCCUAUCACGGGCGACGUGGAGGUUGUCCUUACACCAGAUGCCUCGCAAUGGUCACCGAGACAAGAUAACGGUAAACGGAAGGCCGAAAACGCAAACGCAAAUGGAGACGACACAGCGGCGAAGAAACGUCCCUCCGAAAACUUCAUUCGUGAGAAGGAACUGGAACUUGAAGAGCGGAGGUUGAGGUUAGAAGAAGAGAGGCUAGCGCUGGAAAAGACAAAGUUUGAAGCAGACCGCGAAUACGAGAUGCGGAAGCUGCAGAUGGAAGAAGAGGACCGGAAGUCGCGACGUGAAUCGGAACGGCUUCAAGCGGAACUCAUGAGGAAGAUGUUCGAUCAGUUGGUGAAGAAGUUAGCGUGAUGUGUCUGCGGCAGUGUGUAUUUUUGGUCAUAAUAAAGUGUGAGUGGA